AUGGCGGCAGGUGCCCUGCUCAAGCUGAGCACGGUGCAGCUCUGCCCUGUGUACCUUGACCAGCGUGGUUCCCCACCUGGCGUGGUGCCAGCGCUGCUCUGGCUGGCCCCUACUGAUAGCACAGCAGUGCGGCGGGCUGCCGGCAAUGCCGAUGCCGGCAGCAGCUCCACCACGCGCUGCCUGAGGGACGCCAUGGCAGACCUUUGCAGCGUGCCACCCGAAAUCAUCUUCCCGGCUGUCAACGAGACCUUGGAGCUCACGCUGGGGAGCCAGGUAGCAUUGAACUGCACCGUGCGCUGGGCCGCCGCCGAACGGUGUGAGCCUGCGCUGGCCUGGGCCAAAGACGGCCACUGGCUGGAUGGCGAGAGCAGCCAGGACACCACCUGGAUUGGCCACAAUGCCUCGGAGCGCCUCCUCGCCAGCCUCCUGCAGGUCAACUUGAGCCGUGAAGCUGACUUUGGUGUAUUUGCCUGCUGGCUUGGGAAUGCCACGGCCACCUUCACACUGCGCAGAGCGGAAGCCGUGGGCCACGUGAGCGCAGUGCUGGCAGCCCUGGCAGUGCUGGGGCUUUUGGUGCUUUUGGCCACGCUGUACAUCAAGUGUCGCCUGAGCGUGCUCCUCUGGUACAGGAACCGGUACGGGGAGCUGGAGAUUAACGAUGGGAAGCUGUAUGAUGCCUACGUAUCUCAUGCCAAUGCCCCCGACGACAAGAAGUUUGUCCACUUCAUCAUGAAGCCACAGCUGGAGAACCGGCAUGGCUACAAGCUCUUCUUGGAUGAUAAAACCAUCCUGCCCAACUCAGAGCCUUCAGCAGACCUCAUCAUGAACGUGAGCCGGUGCCGGCGCCUCAUCGUGGUCCUCUCUGUGGCAUAUCUGGAACAAGACUGGUGCAACAGCAGCUUCAGGGAAGGUCUUUGGAGGCUGCUGGAGCUUUCCAGAAAACCCAUCUUCAUAGUCUUUGAGAGCCAGUACCGGGACAUAGCACACCCAGCCAUCAGCCUCCUGAAGCAGCACAGGAGCGCCGUAACCUUGCUGGUGUGGCGAGCUAGCUCCAUGACCCCAUCAUCGGACUUCUGGAAGGAGCUGUGCCUGGCGCUGCCACGCAAGGUGGCUUUCGGGGCCACUGUGGGCGACCCGCAGACCCAGCUGCAGGAGGACAAGGACCCCAUGCUGAUCCUGCACAGCAGCUACCUGGAGAGCCACGGCGACCCGCACCCCGACGGAGACCUGGGUUCAGGCCUCCGAGGGUCCCUUUUCCGAGGCCCGCUGCCUCCUCGCAUGAGCGAUGCACUGGCAGUGUCAGCUGCUGAUGCGCUGGAGGACAUGCAGCUGCGAGACAACCAGCGGCAGGAGAUAGAUGUCUCAGACCUGGGCUCGCGCAACUACGGCGCCCGCACAGACUUUUACUGCCUGGUGACAGAGGAUGACAUCUGA